AUGCUGAAGCAGCUGCUCCAUAGAAGGAAGUUUAUAUUCUUCAUCUUCUCUGUGGGGAUUGGUGGGAGUUUCCAGUUUGGGUUCAAUAUAUCUGCCAUCAAUCCACCAUCAGAGCAUAUUAAGAACUUCAUCAAUGAAACAUGGAUUGAGAGAUAUGAAACACCACUGCAGGAAUAUUUCUUGAUGCUUGUGUGGUCCUUCAUUGUAGCUGUAUACCCUGUCGGAGGGCUGGUCGGAGCACAAAUUGCUGCUGUUUUAACACUGAAGUAUGGAAGAAAGAAAUCUCUGCUCUGUAAUAGCGUUGUAGCGAUUGUGGCUGCACUAAUAAUGGGCUUCAGCAAAAUGGCUAGGUCAUUCGAGAUGAUUGUGCUGGGAAGAUUUCUGUAUGGAAUUAAUAUCGGUAUCGGAUUAGUCGCUCAUGGCCUGUACCUUGGAGAAAUAGCACCGAAGGAACUGCGAGGCGCUGUGUGUAUGACCAGGGCUGUCUUUGCUGCCUUUGGGAAAUGGAUGGGUAUGGUAGUUGGACUCAGGCAAAUUCUAGGUGAUGAAAGUACCUGGCACUUACUGCUGGCCUUCAGUGGGUUGCCUGCUCUGAUACAGCUUAUCACAUUGCCAUGGUUCCCGGAGAGCCCCAGAUACCUACUCAUGGAGAAAGAAGAUACAGCCCUCUGCAUCGAUGCUCUACGAAGACUGUGGGGUCCAGGCGACUUCACGGAGGAGGUUGGAGACAUGUUGGCAGAAAGAUCGCAGAUGCAGGGAGGAAGCAAAAACAAUCUCUUACAGCUAGUCAGAGACAAAACGAUACGAUGUCAGUUCCUAACGUCCGUGGCUGUCAGUGCUGGUAUGCAGCUAAGUGGCAUCAAUAUUAUCUACUUUUAUGCCUCUGAUGUUUAUCAUCAACUUGGAAUCUCCAAGGGUAAUAUCCCCUUCGUGGGAAUAGGAACAAGUGGGAUUGAAUUGUUGACUUCAAUGAUGUGUGGAUUCAUUAUUGAGCGAGCAGGAAGAAAGGUUCUGUUAUGGAAAGGGUACUGCUUCAUGGCAUUGUGGAUACUACUACUGAUCAUCACACUCUCUCUGAAGGAAAAAUUCUCCUGGAUUCCGUAUUGUAGCCUGGUCUUCAUCUUCGCUUACAUCCUGUCUUUCGGCAUGGGACCAGGUACCGUCAGUGGAGUCUUACCAUUGGAAUUAUUCACCCAGUCUAACCGAUCCAUUGCCUUAGUGGCAGCGAACUCACUGCAGUGGCUGGCCCUCUUUGUUCUGGGACUGGUUUUUCCUUUUGUUGUUGAGGCUCUGGGACCUUACUCUUUCCUUCUGUUUGUGGUAAGCUGCUCUUUGGCUUCGCUCUUCAUGUUUUACAUCCUUCCUGAGACGAAGGGGAAAACACUUCUUCAGAUCAAUGAAGAGUUUAACAAUCUGCGUCACGCACAGAAGGGAAUAUGCUCCGUCUUCACGAAGAGGCUGCCUGCUCCAAACCAGACGGAGAUUUUAUCGACCCGACUCUGA